AUGUUCAUAUUGACAUUCAUCCUUGGCUCUAUAUGCAUUAAAGUUCAAAACUAUCUAGGCACUCCCAAUACAUACGAUAGUGUCUGUAUGGAACGAAUUCACCUACAGAUCCAAAGAUUCAACGAAUUGGCACCAAAGCUUGACGACAUCAAAAUUGAUACCCAGAAUGUUGCGCAGGAGUCAAACGAUAAAGAGCCAUCACGGGCUCUUGACGCAGUAUAUAUACCUGUGGAUAUUGCAACCAACCUUCAACAGGAAAAUCAGCGGCUGAAACAAGCGAUUAGCUGCGAAUUCGACGACCAGAGACUUCUACAAAUCACGACGGAGAGUGAGGCACUUCCGAGUCACCCCGAGAAUCCUUCUCUUUGGACUCGGAUGACCGUCCCGUCCAAAGAGAGCUGCUUAGUUAUCCGAAACUAUAAGUUGCUUGACCGUUUACAGAAGCUACAAGAACCCAGAAAAGACAUCUGGGCGAAGGUCAGCGGUCAGUUCCGCCAAGACCUCAGCAAGAUCACCUAUAGUAUAUGCUAUGCUUCUACACAAGCUGAAGAUCUUGCACAAGAAGCCAAGACAUUCGAUAAGCCGAUGCUGCGACGAUUGCAAAAGGUAAGUGUUGCCACAUACGUGCUUUGCCAAGAGAGUCGUAGCGAUGCUCAAAGGGUCAACGAGCUUGUCGACCAGCUUGGCGUUCAACUAUCACUUGUCGAAGCAGCGAUAAACAACGCCAAUGGUCUUCGUAACAUUUUUUCGAAGAAACAAGGGGUCAAACAGCUAUGGAAGUACUUGAUGGCCAAGAGUGUGACGACAGAGGAAGAACUUGACAACUACGAGGCCGAGCUGACGAUGAUUGGACGGAGUGCGAUCGAUAUGCUGGAUGUUGGAUUUGUUCUACCAAAGCCGGCCUCAUUGUGA